AUGCAGAAAAUCGUUAUGAAGUUCAAAUCCAACACACUUAACCUUAAACGUCUAAGUGAGGUCGCUUUCAACAUAAACACGGUACCAACACGGAAAGAAACGCAAACAUUGAAAAGCCCUGUGUCGAAGCUGACUGUUUUGUUGAGAGCCUCCUCCUUCAAACAGGAACAAUCUGUCUUCUAUGAUGGGCAUUAUGGUUUGGUGAGUUGUCGUUGCCGCAUUACAUACCAUGGCAUGGAUGUGUGCUCAAGUGGAUAG